AUGGCGCCGGAGGACCAGUCCCCCUCAGCUAAACCGAUGGCGCCGGAGGACCAGUCCCCUCCAUCUAAAGCGAUGGCGCCGGAGGACCAGUCCCCUCCAUCUAAACCGAUGGCGCCGGAGGACCAGUCCCCUCCAUCUAAAGCGAUGGCGCCGGAGGACCAGUCCCCCUCAGCUAAACCGAUGGCGCCGGAGGACCAGUCCCCCUCAGCUAAACCGAUGGCGCCGGAGGACCAGUCCCCUCCAUCUAAACCGAUGGCGCCGGAGGACCAGUCCCCUCCAUCUAAACCGAUGGCGCCGGAGGACCAGUCCCCCUCAGCUAAACCGAUGGCGCCGGAGGACCAGUCCCCCUCAGCUAAACCGAUGGCGCCGGAGGACCAGUUCCCCUCAGCUAAACCGAUGGCGCCGGAGGACCAGUUCCCUUCAGCUAAACCGAUGGCGCCGGAGGACCAGUUCCCCUCAGCUAAACCGAUGGCGCCGGAGGACCAGUCCCCCUCAGCUAAACCGAUGGCGCCGGAGGACCAGUCCCCCUCAGCUAAACCGAUGGCGCCGGAGGACCAGUCCCCCUCAGCUAAACCGAUGGCGCCGGAGGACCAGUCCCCCUCAGCUAAACCGAUGGCGCCGGAGGACCAGUCCCCCUCAGCUAAACCGAUGGCGCCGGAGGACCAGUCCCCUUCAGCUAAACCGAUGGCGCCGGAGGACCAGUCCCCCUCAGCUAAACCGAUGGCGCCGGAGGACCAGUCCCCUUCAGCUAAACCGAUGGCGCCGGAGGACCAGCCCCCUUCAGCUAAACCUCCAGCUGCUGGACACUUGGAGAGUAAUUAA